CGGCAACGGCACGGUGCACUUAUGUACACUUAGCCCUAACGAGUCCGGUGUUUAUGUGAUUUAACAUAAAUUAAAAACCAAUUUAAUAAAUCCAAUUGAGUUAAAAGUGUUCCCCAUUAUGUUGUGAUUGUGUUUAAUUAAAUAAAUCAACCCCAAAUCAUAAAAUUCAUAGUGAAAUUUGUUUUUUUCCCAAAGCAAUGUCGGGCCUUCAAUAGCAGUACCUAAAGCAAAGAAAAAGAUAGAUAAUCCUCCUGCUUUGCUUGUACCAACAGCGAACGGGCAAAGGCAAACGCAUUACAAAAAUGGCGUCGUCGACGGUCAUCGUCGACAAAGAUGCUUCUUGUGCAAAUGAACCCGAUUUUGCGGUAAUUUGUGCGUUUUUAGAGAAAUUCUCUGAACAAUUGCAAGUGAAUUUUCCGAAUUUUAAAAAAUUACAAGAAUGGCUAUCGAAUACGGAUGAAGUUCCAACAGGAUUACGGGAUCUGCACGUCAAGCUGAUGCGCAAAACUCGUCGGACUGUUCACGAGUGUGCCUGGGAAUCGGCACUAAGUAAAUUCUGCUUUUGGUAUUCCUCCCAAGAUGGCUGGGAAAUUGAAAGAUUUGGAUAUAAAAAAUCAAGUCUAAAAGUUAAACUUCGAAUUUUAAGGCAACUUCUUGAAAAUCAGUUUGAUCGAAAUAAAAAAUUUCGAGCAAAUAUCCUGGCGAUGAGUGCUGAUUCCUUGAGAAGUGAACCAAUCGGACGAGAUCGUUUAGGACAUUCUUAUUGGCUGACACAAGAUUCCGAAUGUAAUAUUCGUAUUUAUCAAGAACAUUUGGACGAAGAGAUAUGGCAAGUUGUUGCCACAAAUCGCGAAGAGCUUGUUAAACUUAUAUCUCGGCUGAAGGGCAACGAAGUUGUUCUUCCAUCGGAUAUUGGUUUCAUCGACGAAGAUAGUAGUAGUAAUAGUUGUUCGGUGCCAAUUGAGAAGCCACCACCGCCAGAGGAGAAAGAUGAUAGUCAGGAAAGCAACCAGAGUAUGUCUGGUCGGGUGCCAAAUAUCAAAAUCAAAUUAGGCAAUAAGGAUAAUGGUAAUAUAGCUAGUGUGUCGAAUGAACCAGAAAAACCACCCCCAGAUGCAGCAAGUUUUGGAAGUGAUGCCGAAAUGGAAGAAGAAGAAGAAAAGAAAGUUAAGCCCCUGGUCAUUAGUCAAUCAAAGAUAAAAUUGGAAAUUUCUAAGAAACGUUCGUUAGAUGAAUGUGAUAAAGUUGAAGCACAAGAAGUGAAGAAACAGAGGCCAACUUUAUUGGAUUCGAAUCGAGAGAAAAAGCUAGGGAGGUAUGAAAAGCAAGAAGACGAUGAUGAAGAAGAUGACCACGAUGGAGAUGAGGAAGAUGGUGAAGAGGAAGAAGAUGACGAAGGGGAAGAGGGCGAGGAGGAGGAGGAAGAUGAUGACAAUUCAGACGAUGAAGGUGAAGAAGAAGAAGAUGAUGCAGAGGAAGACGAUGACGAUGAAGAAGAUGAUGAUGAUGAUGAGGAAGAAGAAGAAGAAGUAACUGUAGAUAAAAAAGAUACAUCUAAAAUAACUAUUAAAGUCACUCCAGAACCUGUACAAAAAAUAAAAUUAGAAAAGCCAUCUAAUAGCUUUAUGGAAAAUAAAGACGCUCAAGAGAACAAAGAAGAUUCCACCAAAGCCGCUCAGGGAAUGAAAACAACACAAAACGAUAUAAAAGAAAUCCUUAAAAAAGAAGAAGAAAAAGUGUUUAACACUAAGCCAGACGAUGACAAAAGCAAGGUGCAGAACUCAAAGCAAGAACAAAUCGUAGAAAAGCCCAUGUUAGUUGAAGACGCUCCGGGAAAAGGAGAAGAAAAACUAUCAACAAAAGAAAACAAAAUUCCAACAAAAGAACAAAAAGAAAUACCAAUAAACGUUGCAGCCAAAAUAUCAAUAGAAGGGAAAGAUAAAAUAUUAACAAAAGAAGAAAAGGAAAUACCAGCAGAAAAAGAAGAUAUAUCAGCAAAAGGGGGCGAAGAAGAAAAAUUUUUGACAGAAAAAGAAGAACUGCCAGCAAAAGAAGAAGCAACAAAAGAGACAGAAAAGAUUCAAGUUGGGUCAAUUGCAUCAGAAACUCAAGUUGGAGAUGAAGAUACAAAAACAGUCACCGAUGACGAGAAAUCAAUUGAAGAUGAAAACCCAAACAAGGCUCAGAAUACAACUGAAGAUAAAAAGAUUGAAGAAAAAUCGGAAUCUCAACAAAUUGAUGAACCUCUCUCAGAAGACAUAGAAAUGAAAGAAGCCAUAAAUCCAGUAAAAGAAAAAACUACUUCGCCUCCUAAAGAAGCAGAUGUUAGUGAAGCUAUUGAAGAUCCACCAGUGAUUGUGAUGGAAGAAGGAAUCGGUGCUGAAUGUGAAAAUGGCUUUGAUAGUUUUUUAUUCUACAACCAACUAACCGAUGAAGAAUCACCUGAAUUCAGUGAAGAAAUUGAAGAUACACCACUUUACAUUCAAGGCGAAGGAUCUGGAGCUGAGUGUUUGGUUGGAAAUGCAAAGACAAGUCAAGCUGAAGGUAAAGCUACAUUUUUCUUUGGCCAACCGGGAUGUUUGAAGCUCAGUCCAGAGAAAAAUCAGGCAAAAAGUGAUGAUUCCGAAGAGAAUGAUUGCAAUGAUAACACAGACAAGCCCGAGGAGAAUAUGGUCAGCAAAAAUUCAGAACCAACAAAUGGUGAAAAUCAUACAGAAUCUGAGCCAUCUAAGAAAAGUCAAAAAGUUCCUCCCUCUCCAUUGGAAAAGAAAAAAAAUAAGCCAGAAUCAAAGAACAGCAACAACCAACAGGAUGACAGAAGAUCAACACGACGAACUCUUAUAAACCGCAAACGUCGGCUAAGUGAUGAUAAACCAGAAAAACCACCACCUCCUCGUCCUUCGUCCGAAAGUGAGACUGAUUUCAAUUCGGAAAAUUUAGAAGACCCAAUUCCGGAUGAGGAAGAAGAAGAUAUAGGAGGUAAGCGACUUAAGAUGCGGAGCAAGUUGGUGAAUACGGAAAUAAGAAAGAAAGUUGAAGCUCAGAGGAAGACUGCCACAAUAGAGGAAACAACAACAAGUAGCAGUGGCGGUGAAGAAGAGAGUCCACGAAAAAAGGUGAUUGUCAAAAAAAUCGAAAAGGAAGCUGAGAAGGCUUUGACUCUCAAAACUAAGGUAAAGCAGAAGGCAAAAGUAAGUCCUGUUGCUGCUAAAACCGACAAAAUUGAAGACAAAGAAAUUAAAGGUGGCGGCGAGGAGAAAGAAGAUGAAAAGCCUUCAGUAAACAAGAAAAUCGAUGAAUCCGUUGACGCGGAUAUUACAAACACUCCACCUUCAUCUUCGACGAAGCUCCUCAUUAAACAUAUAAAAAAACCACAUCCUGUGGAGCGAUACGAUGAAUCGGAUGAAGUAAUUCCCAAAAAGAAGCAACCCCAAGAACAAACCAUUCCUGUUAUAAAAGUCAAAGAGCCAAAAAGUCCACCUGAAGGGGCAGAGAAGGCGACAAUACAAGAAGGAAAGAAACAAGAAACAAUAGUUGAAGAAGAGCAAUCUACAUCUGAUAAGCAAAGAAAACGUCGAAGCAGUGAAGAAGAUGCAAAUGAAACUCCAUCCGUUCCGCCUGUUGUAGUGAAAACAACUCGGUCAAGUCGAAGAAGUGGUGUCCUCGAGCCUGCGAUAGAACUUCCACAGAUCAAACGAACUCGGGUCAAAGCCGCCGCAAAGGCGGAUGUGAAGAAUGAUAUGAAGGUCCAAGCAACACCCGCGGAAAACCCCCUCGAGACAAAGGAAGACGAAUCAAAAAAGAAAAUCAAACAGGAAAAGAAGGAUGAGAAAGAGAAGAAUGACGAAAAGGAAGAAGAGAAGAAAGAAAACGAAGAAAAGCCAAAAGCUGCGUCGAUAAAGGAAGAGAAAGUUAAAGAGGAGAAAAAAGAUGAUGACGAGGAGCCAAAGGAGAUCAAAAGGGAGAUCAAAAAGGAAAAGGAGGAUGUUGUUCCUGUUGCAAAAACCCAAUUGGUAUCAACACGUCCGAGACAGCAGAAAGCCGCCCAAAAGCAACCCGCCACAUCGACGGGGCAGAGACGUAAGUGCCACGAUGAUGUGGAUACGAAGAACAUAAUCGACCUCGAUGCGGAUGGGGCUCCUGUGAGAAUGUCCCGAAGAAUCGCCCAGUUGAAAAUCCGCGAAGAAGCUGAUCGUAGAAAAAUGGAAGAAAUCGCCUUGCGGAAUAUGAAGGCCGAGCUGAAGAAAAAGAAGAAGGCUGAAUGUAAGCUAGAAGACCCGCCAAUAAGUGAACCUUCCCUGCAUUCCUCAGAACAGGAAGACAGUGAAGUUGAAGUUAAGAAAAAGGCCGAAAAGAAGAAGAAACUCCCAGGCAAAGAUGGCUGGAGUUCUGGUUCAGAAGAGCUCGACGAAGAGGAGGUUGAAGAGCAUCCCUAUGAGAUAGAUCAUGGUAGUCCGCUAUUUAAGUCGGAUCAUGAAUUCUCUCCUGAAUCCGACCUGGAAGACGAUUCGCAAGUGGUUCCUCUAAAGCGGGCCCGAACGGCGAAGAAAGAAGGGGACGACGAUGAGUUGGAAGCACAUAGUCCCGAUGAAUCAUGCCAAAAAUGUGGUAAAUCAGAUCAUCCUGAAUGGAUAUUGUUGUGCGACAAGUGCAACAAAGGCUAUCAUUGCUCUUGCCUAUCGCCAGUUAUUUUCUACAUUCCCGAGGGCGAUUGGUUCUGCCCGCCUUGUCAGCAAGAAGUGCUGAUAGUUGCUCUGGAGAAUCACCUGAUAGAAUUCGAUAGUUUGGUGCAACGGAAGAAAGACGAAGAGGAGGAGAAGAUUCGAAUUGAGCAAGAGCAGCGUUUGGAGAUGGAAAAAGCCACUCUGGACAGAGCGGAAAAGAAAAUCGACAGGAAAAUGGCGAAAAAGCAAAAAGCUUCCACCAAGAAGGCAAAAGCUGGUGGAUCAUCGUCGAGGAAAAAGAAAAACAAUUCAGAUGACGAUGGUAGUGAUGCCGAGGAGAAUGAAUCGGAGACUGAUGAGAAUGGCAAUUCGUCUAGUGCAAGCUCGUCGGGCAGUGGAUCGAGUAAAAGCAAGAGUAGUUCCGCAACGGAUACCGACGAUGAACCAAUUUACAAGUUGCGCAAGCGGCGACAGAUAAAUGUGAGCUAUCGGCUGAAUGAGUACGAUGAGAUGAUUAUGUCAGCACUUAAGAAGGAGGAAGACGCAGUAGCUGGGGCGGGUAAUUUGGGUCGAGGCAAAGACAUAUCCAACGUGUAUGACGACAUAGAGGAAGAACCGCUUGUUGAGGAGUCCAGAGUUGAAGAAAAUGGAGGCAUGGGGAAGACAUCGACAGGAAAGACUGUAGGUGGAGAAGAUUCUGGAAGUGAUUUUGAGCCCAUCAAGAGAAAACCAAAGACCGCACGCAAUGGCAAAAAGAAGCACAGAAAGUUGACAAAGUUGGACAUUAGUUCCGAGGGAGACAACGAUUCGGAUGAGGAUUUCAGAACAAGUUCCAUGGACGAUGACGAGGAGGAGGACGAAGAUGAGGAGGAUGUAUCUCAAUCGUCGGACAGUAGCUUGGAGGUGUAUCGACGUCGUCGGGGCAGUCGAAAGGGCAAGAAAAAGAAGUCAAGGCGAGCAGCUCGACGGUCGGCACGAGAACGCCGCAAGGAUAGGAAAUUCAUCGUCGAAGAUUCAGAUUGUGAUGGAUCGGAGGCCGAAGUUCGUCCGCUAUCCAAGAAGAAACGAAAGAAGGAUUCGGAUUACACCGAGACUGAGACCAACGAUGAUGACGACGACGAACUGUCAGAGAAUAUUGAUAGCGAGGAUUUGUGUGAUGAUUCGACAGACAGUGAGGCGAGUGAUGGCGCUUGGGCGCCAUCUAAGCGAAAGAAGCAGCGAUCGAACGCAAUUGCAAGAAAAUCUCCAAAAUUGAAGCCCAAGACGGGAUCGAAAGCGAAGAAGACUAAGCGAUACGAGAGUGACAGCGACAGCUUCAAGGGGUCCAAAUCAAAGAAUCGAGUAAUAAGAGAUGACAGUGAUGAGGACGAUGACAGCGACGAUACCGUAGACAGUUCGAGGAAAACUCGGGGUAAGAGGUGUAUCUACAUGGAGUCCUAUGACGAUGAUAGUUCAGAUGGUGGCAUAAAGCCAGGAGUCAAACGGCCUGAUACCCCACCAGAGGAGCGUGAGAAAUUCAUCAAGAAGCAGGAGGAGAUCAAACGGAUGCUGGCUGAGAAAAAUGCCGAGGGUGCUAAGUUGGCAGCCACACCGAGGUUGAUUCCUAUUAAGUCCGGAACGCAGAGAUCGCCGGCAAAGCUGGACUCGCUGUCGACUGUGCCUCUGGCGGUAAUCCGUCAGGCAAAAGUGCUAGACAUUGAUUAUUUACAACGCAAAGGUGAGUCCAUCAGCGAGGGUGAUCUGGACGAGUCGGAAUUCGAUGACGACGAUUUGCCAGACGACUUCAAUCCAGAAGAUAUGGAUGAGGAAGCGAUUGCCCGAAUGGUGGAGGAGGAUUUCGCUCAGCAACAGCAGUUGAAGCUGCCGCUUCCAAGUGAAGUCUUGCGAAAGAAACCGGCGAAGGAGAGCGAACCAACUGUGAGACCUGUUUCGACUUACAUGCCACCGCACGUUUCGCAACAACAACAAUCAAGUUCCACUUCGGGUCUGCAAGAGCCCGUCCGAAAGAAGCUUCCAAUGCCAACCAUACAUCCUCCACUGCUGAGACAUGGCUAUGGGCAGCCAAUGAUGCAUCAAAAUCGACAGCCUCACUUACCUCUGCUGCAGAAUGCUCUAAGUGCGCCACUCAAUCAUCCAAUGUCUCGUCAAUUUCCACCAACCUCUCAGGCAAUUCCAGCAACUAACCAAGUUUCUCAGCAGCAAGUUGGCAUGCCAUCUGGUGGAGGUGAUCCCAAUAAACCACGGGGAAGGCGAAAAAAGAUAACUCCACUGAGGGAUCCGUUGCAGAAACAGCAAGCAGCAGCUGCAGCUUCUGCUGCUUCAGCGGCUGCAGUUGCCGCAGCUACUAAGCCAAGGACCGAUACUAGUCCUCAGGCAAAACCAGAGGUGAGACAGCAACCACCGCCACCAGCGCCUACCAUUGUACAAAGCGCUACUCCGGGAGUGAUAAAGUCGGCGCUGUCUAUAGCCCAACCACCGCAGUUGUACAAGCCACCAGCGGCAAAUACACAGCCGUCUGUUAUAACUCGAAUGCCCCAUCUGCAGGCAAGGCCAAUGAUGCAUAUGGGAGGAGGUCCAGGUGGUGGCCCAGGAGGUGGCCAACCAUUCCCCGAUCAAGGACCCCGGUUCUAUCGGCCGCAGCAUCCACAGUCUCAUCUGCGGGCACAGGCUCAGCAUCAGCAACAGCAACCGCAGCGACAACCGCCGCCACAGCAUCAGCAGCCACAGCAACGUCAACCGCCUCCACAGCACCAGCAGCAGUCACAACAGCGUCCUCCACCCCCUCAGCACCAACAGCGCCCACCACCACCACCACAACAUCAGCAGAGGCCACCGCCACCGCAGCAUCAGCAGCGUCCACCGCCACCACAGCAAUCUCAGACCCAACAGCAUCGUCAGCAACCGCCGACAUCGCAAUCACAGCCGCCAUCGCAGACAAAUUCCUUGAUUCCAGGAAAUAGGCCACCGAUGCGACAUCGUGGUCCUCCUCAAAUGCCUCCAAUGACAUCACAUCACACAAUGCGGCCGUCAUUUGUUGGAGGCCCACCACCUCUGCGACCAUCCUCAGCCGGUGGACCUCCUCCUCCCAUAAGCCUAGCGAACAACAUUAGCCGUGACCAAGGGCCUCCCAGGCAGUCUUCUCCAUAUUCUGGGCCCGAACAAUAUACAGGACCACCACCACCGUCACGGCAUGCGGCUCCUCCGCCCCCACCACAUCUAAGUCCUUACAGGCCUCAAAUGUUUAACAGUCCUGGCUUUCCGCAUCGAGGACCGCCGGUCAAUUCCUCACAACCAAGCCUAAUACGACCCGUUGGAGCUCCCCCACCAGAGUAUUCAUCACCUGGUUCGUUUGGUGGAGGUUAUGGCUAUUAUCCGCCACCGCUUUCAGUUCCUCAUUCAGCACCCCCACCUCCAACAGCCUCGGCAGUGCCUAGCUCUGUGAUUGUAUCAGCAUCUUCGUUGGGUGCCACCACAUCAGUUGUUGUUGCUCCUCCAUCGCAGCCAGUUGCAGCAAUCCAACAACCACCUUCUCGACCUCCAGCCUCAUCACCAUCUCUUCUUGAAAAGCCAUGCGCACCAGCACCAGUUCCAGCACUAGCACCAUCUGCAGCUGUAGUUGCAGCAGCUGCUCCUGCUGCUUCUGCACCUCCAUUACCACCAUCUACGUCAACUACAAUUCCAACAUCCGUGAUUGAGCUAUCACGAAAAAAACUCACCACUUUGGAAACUUUCAACACAACCAAGAACUCCACACCUCCCCCCUUGCGAGAGUCUUCCGAAUCGCGAAGUCCAUACUCAUCUAAUCCUCCAACAAUUGUAGGUGUUGAGGAUGCUCCUGACGAUGAGAGUGGCUCCCCACAAACGUCGUCGCAAUCAACAAGUGAAUUCAGUGGUCUGGUGAGCUAUUUCAGUUCCCAACACGAUGAUCUUAACACAUAACGAACGAAUUUAAUUAUUAAAAACAACAACAACAACAAAAAGUAUUUUCGUGUAUUCUUUAAGAAUAAUUUACACUUUACACUAAAAACAAACACACAACAAAAACAAAAACACAAACACAUUUACACUCAACUAAAAACUCACGUUUUAAUUUAAUAUUUAAGUUUAAUUUAUCAAAACAUAAACAAAAGCAGAAAAAACAAAGCAACUAAAUAUAUUUAAUAACAUAAAUAACUAAAUAUAUAAAAUAUUAUAUUCAGGCUUUAUGAAGAGAGAGCGCUUAUUGUACAUAUAAAUAAAUUACAAAGAAUAUUAUGCAAAUAACAUAAAACAAAACAAAAAAAAACUAUUUGUUGAGAGCUGGAAUAGAAAACACCCCUCUAGACCUAGCAAUUUUAUUGUUUCCUUAAGUCUUGUUGUUUUUAUCCUUAAUAAUAUAAAAAAAAUAAAAGAAUCCUAAAAGUAAUAAGAAAAUGUUGUAGCAAAAAGUAAAACUAUAUUAUGGGAGAAUAAUAACAUUUUAGGCAUAAAUUAUUGCAAAAUUAUCAAGAAAAAAAACCAAAAUCACAUAAAAAUUACUCAAAAAGUUUUUAGACUUCAAAUUAAACAAAAUUAUAUGAAAAAAAGAAAACAUUAGUAAAAACGAAAAAAGCCACACACUACAGAAAAACAAGGAUUCAUGUUUUAAUUUUGUAUACAAAACUUUUUCUCUGUUUAGUAUUUCUUCUUUUCCUCACACUUUAUUUGUAUGUAUCAUGUUUUUCGUUCUUUCCUUUUGUCUAGAAAAAUGCACCGAUUAAGUAAGAUUUUAACAAAACAAUAAACUUUAUAAUUAUAAAUUAUAGUUAAACAAAAAAAAGAGGAAAGAGGAAAAAGGAAAAUCAUUAGUAAAUUAUUUUGUAAGGCGAAACUAAUAUUAUUUGUAAUUUUGUUUAAGUUUUUUUUUCUUGUUUUAAUUUUUAUUUGUUUUAUUUAAUUUUUAUUUCAAAAUAAAAAACAAAUAUAACGAUACUGACGAAGAUUAAUCAUGAUGAUUAUUUUAAUAUUAAAUUUGUACUAUUAUUUGAAUGAUAUUCGUAUCGUGUAAAACCUGCGAGAUGCAAUAAAGAAAAUAUAAAAAAAAAUAUUUUAAUUAUCAUAUAAAGCAAAAUUUAUAAAUACAAAAUAAGCAAACAAAAAAAAGAAGAUUAUAAAAUGAUAUACUAUAUGAAAAAUAUAUAUUGUUUAUAUAUAAAUAACUGUAAAAACCAAAAAAAAAUAA